AUGGAUGACGAACCAAAAAGCCUCUCUCUCCCCAUGAACCCGUUAGCAGACACUGAUGUAGUGUGCUGUACUCCUCCAGAGCAAAUGCGCUCACUGGCCCUUGAGACAAUCAAGCAGAUCAAUGGAUCCAAGUCUUCACUGAUGGGUCAUACAUGGAAAGGCUCACUGGUACUUGAGACAAUCAAUGUCAACUAUCCUGGUCAUCAGCUCCAAGUCUUCACGACAAUCAAUGUCAACUCUCCUGGAGAUCAAUGGCUCCAAGUCUUCACUGAUGGGUCAUACAUAGAAAACCAAGCAAACGUUGUUGCUGAUGUCUAUACUGAACUCUUAUCUUUCUACACAGCAGCAGGACACAAUAGAGGCCACUAG